ACAACUUAAGCUGCCUAUGUUGAUUUAUGGAAACACCUUUAGUGACCCUUUGUCCUACCUCAAGAAAAGUCCUAGCUACAUGACUUGCACACACUUGAUAGUUUAUAUAUAAGAUCCCAAACCCAGUAUUUUGUAUUGUAAUCAAGUCAUGAGAAUUAAAAUAGAAGGUUUUUUUUUAAAAAAUUUAAAUAUAUAAAACAAGAGGAAAAGGAGGGCUAUAUCUGUGGUAGAAAGAAAGAAAGAGUCGGUGAGUCAAGUGAAACAUAGACACACAAGAUGGUGGGUGCGAAUGAAUAUGUGUGCGUAACUGGAGCUGGAGGAUUUGCUGCUUCUUGGGUAGUCAAGCUUCUUCUCUCUCAGGGCUAUAUUGUACAUGGAACCGUCAGACAACCAGGUGGUAGCAAGUACGAGCACUUGAACAAGCUUGAGAAAGCAUCAGAGAACCUGAAACUGUUCAAGGCAGAUUUGCUAGACUAUGAUUCUCUAUGUUCGGCAAUUUCGGGUUGCAGUGGUGUGUUCCAUGUUGCCAGUCCUGUACCAACAACUGAGGUAGAAGACCCCGAAGCAGAAGUACUUGAACCGGCGGUGAGGGGAACGCUUAAUGUGCUGAAAGCUAGCUUAGAGGCCAAGGUGAAGAGAGUUGUUGUUGUGUCCUCGAUAGCUGCUAUUGUGAAGAACCCGAACUGGCCGAAGGAUCAAGUGAAAGAUGAGAGCUGUUGGUCUGAUGUUGAAUAUGUUAAGUCCAGUAAGGAAUGGUACUAUCUUUCCAAAACACAAGCAGAAGCGGCAGCUUUGGAGUUUGGAAGAAGCACUAGCGGACUUGAGGUUGUAACUGUUUGUCCUUCUGCUAUUUUGGGGCCAUUGUUGCAAUCAACUAUGAAUACUAGUAGCUGGCUCGUGCCUUCAGUAUUCAAAGGCGGAUUUGAUAAGGCGGGAUACAAUUAUUGGACGUUGGUGGAUGCUCGCGAUUUAGCUGCUGCACUGCUUCUUGUAUACAAGAAAGCUGAGGCUGGAGAAAGAUACAUAUGCACAUCACAUGCAAUUGGGGUUGAAGAAGUAGUAGAGAAAUACUUGAAGAUUUCACAUCCCAACUACAACUAUUCCCCGGAGCUUACACAUACGAAGGAAGAAGAAGAGAAGCUGAGUUCAGAAAAGUUGCAGAGAUUGGGUUGGAGUUACCGGCCACUAGAGGAAACUCUUAUUGAUUCCAUUGAAAGCUACCAGAAGAUUGGAGUCUUGGAUUAAGCAAAUCAAACUAUAAAUAUUGUCAUGCUUUCUGUAUUUCCGGUGAAACAAUAUGUAUGUGCAAUUACCGUGUCACUAAAUUCUUAUGUGAAAGGAUGACAGUCUAAGACUAUAGUUAUAUCUCAUUUAAAUUUUUGUAACACAAAACAUCUAUGCAUGUUAUUGAAGAUAAAUAUUCUACCGCUAUUCGCUACUA